UUAAAUAAUGAAUUAAUUUCCGUUACACAUUGUAGCCUUCUCACCCUCUCUCUCUCUCUUCUCCCGAGGCUACCUUCAAAAUUAAAUUAAAACCAGAAAUCGCUAGGGUUUCAAGUUUUUCCCAAAUUUAUUAUUUAUACGACGGAGAGAGGUUUAAUGAGAGGUUCAAAUUCCGAUCUGUUCGACCCGAGAACGGAGAUGGACUCCGUUUAUUCCCGUGGAGCUUCGUCUUCGGACGGGGAUUUCGGAUUCGCGUUUAAUGAUAGUAAUUUCUCCGAUAGACUUCUCCGGAUCGAAAUUAUGGGGGACAUGCCUGAAAAUAAGUGCGACGGUGAGGGGUGUACUAGUCUCGCCGAUUGGGCUCGGCAUCGGAAGCGGAGGAGAGAGGAUAUUAAGAAAGAGAACGCUACGGAGGUGUCUGCGGGAGCUGAAGAACAGAUCUUAAAUCAGCCUGAUAUGGAUGAUUGUUUGGGCUGUGAAAACCAAGACGAGGAUGCAGUUGCGAUGAUUGAAGAGCCGGCUUCGGGUGAUGAAGCUACGGACGGUACUGAGUCAACAUGGAGCAUGGAUUGUUCUACAGUUGAAAGAGUUAAAACAUUGCACAUCAGUUCUCCUAUUUUAGCUGCGAAAAGCCCAUUUUUUUACAAGCUCUUCUCAAAUGGAAUGAGGGAGUCGGAACAGCGUCACGUAACACUACGGAUCAAUGCAUCUGAGGAAAGUGCCCUGAUGGAGCUGCUGAAUUUUAUGUACAGUAAUACCUUAUCUACCAAUACAGCUCCUGGCGUGCUUGAUGUUCUGAUGUCUGCUGAUAAAUUCGAGGUUGCUUCAUGCAUGAGAUAUUGCAGCCGGCAGCUGCGUAACAUGCCCAUGACACCAGAGUCUGCUUUGCUGUAUCUAGAGCUUCCCUCUAGUGUUUUAAUGGCUGAAGCAGUCCAACCUUUGACUGAUGCAGCAAAACAAUACCUUGCAUCUCGAUAUAGGGACAUGACCAAAUUCCAAGAAGAGGUGAUGUCAUUGCCUUUGGCUGGAGUUGAGGCGAUUUUAUCUAGUGAUGACCUCCAGGUUGCUUCAGAAGAUGCGGUGUAUGAUUUUGUUUUGAAGUGGUCUAGGACUCAGUAUCCAAAACUGGAGGAGCGUCGUGAAGUCUUGGGUGCACGUUUAGCACGUUAUAUUCGCUUCCCGUUCAUGACUUGCCGAAAGCUUAAGAAGGUUUUAACAUGCAAUGACUUUGAUCAUGACGUCGCAUCCAAGGCUGUGCUUGAGGCUCUCUUUUUCAAGGCAGAGGCCCCACACCGCCAACGAUCUUUGGCAGCAGAAGAGUCCGCGUCUUUGAAUCGUCGGUUUGUUGAGCGUGCAUACAAGUAUCGCCCAGUUAAGGUGGUGGAAUUUGAACUACCGAGACAACAAUGUGUGGUAUACCUAGAUCUGAAGCGAGAAGAGUGCUCGAAUUUGUUCCCAUCAGGACGGGUGUAUUCUCAGGCAUUCCACCUAGGCGGACAAGGAUUUUUCUUGUCUGCACAUUGCAACAUGGACCAACAAAGUUCAUUCCAUUGUUUCGGUUUGUUUUUGGGAAUGCAAGAGAAGGGGAAUGUGAGUUUUGCUGUAGAUUAUGAAUUUGCCGCCAGAGCAAAGCCAACCGAGGAAUUUGUUAGCAAAUACAAAGGGAACUACACAUUCACUGGCGGCAAAGCAGUUGGUUACAGAAACUUAUUUGCGAUUCCAUGGACAUCCUUCAUGGCCGACGAUAGUCUUUAUUUCAUAAACGGUGUCUUACAUCUGAGAGCCGAGCUUACAAUCAGACACUGAUUGGAAGCUGCCGGCUCUAGAAAGUUCUAACCUCCUUUGUUUUUCUUGUCAACUUUAACUAAUGAAAUGUAUGUAAUAAGUAGACAGCAUGCGGUAAGUUAGUUUUGGUUGAAGGGUGAAACAAAUUAAGAACAUUGCUUUUGUCUUGGCAAUGUGUAGGCAAUGUAAAUGCGGUCGGUGGUGGAAAUGUGAGAUCCUGUUGUGAUCAGAUAAUGAUGAAAAUGCUAUUUCUAGUACCAUAUUUAGCUGA